UCUUGUUAAUAGUAGAUAAUACCUCAUCGCAUUUUCAUGACCAAUCUAAUACUUGUGAAUUAAAUGAACCAAUUGAAUCAAAUUUCGAUUUAGAUGAAGAAACAUCUAAUAAUUCAGAACCUGAGAUAACAGCUGUUUUGUGUAGAAAUCCCAAUCAGGGUACAAUUACUAGUUAUAGUAAUCAUAAUAAUCGUGAUAAACAUGAUAAACAUAGUACUGGUGGGAUUCCCUGUGAAGAAAUAGAAGUCGCUACCAAUGUGCUGUUAGAACAGCAAGAAGAAGAUGUCAACGAAUUGGAUUCGGAGAUUAUUAAAAUUGUUUUAGAUGAAGCAAAUCAACGUGAUAAUAAAGAUCCUGAUGACUCAGACAAAGAACAACUGGAAAUUCCUAUUUCAGAAGAGUUAAUAGGUUUAAAUAAAUUUAUUGGCUUCUUUGAACAACAAAUUGAUGAAGAAUUUAAAGCCAAAGACCUUAAAAUUUUUUGA